CGGAUGCUCUCAUUAUCCUCACCCAAUGCUGCAAUUCCUUGGUGUUUUUGUCCAGUUUUACAGGAACGCCUUGAAUAUCAUGCGUGGCAAUACACAUAUUGAUGUAUAUGGCUUGCUUGCUGUAAGGGAUUCCUUGGAUUCUUCCCGGAACUAUAUUUUUCACCGUUCCAGGGAGAACGCUCGAGCUAUCGACGUGAAUGGUGGUUAUCUAAGUCUAAGCUACCCUGCACGGGGCAUAUCUGCAAUGGGCUGCCUGAUUGAAAUUGAUAUAAGGAUCAAGGGCAAGGAUGUUGACAAAGAUUUGUCAAUUAUUGAUGGAUCUGUGAAAGCCUUUGGGCAGUUUGACUCGAGGACUGCUAACCAUGUUGAUAACAUCAAUGGUAAAAUUAUAUUGAAGACACAUGUUGUUCGUAAAGGUGUUGAGGCAACUAUAGACCUCGAUUUUGUCGAGGUGCCAACAGGCGGCUUCAAUGUGCGGAUGCGUGGUAAAACUGUCCGUGGUAAAGCUGUCUACUCCUUUAUCACUGAGUGUUGUGAUGAUGACAGCUUUAUAGCUUCACCUGGGAAGCAUAAUAAGAAAUUUGUAGCUGCUGUGAGCAUAGGGCAUAGGCGAUACACUAUGUAUAGACUUCAUGGAGAAGAAGCGAGAAGCGCUCUCUUUUGUAUCAUCCAAGCACGGCAACGAGCAGCUAACUUACCGAUUCAGCAAUGGAGCUUUGGUCCUUGUUAA